AUGGAUGCUCAUCUGCCAGACAGAGUAUUGCGGCAAUACGGUCAUGUCCAAACUAUUCCUGACUCACCAUUAGAGGUAUUAGGUAAGACGACCACACCAGAUGAAAUGGAGAUUAUGUUUACGCAAUAUGUUGUGCAUGUAGUGGAUGUUGGUGCAGUUGUGCAGGGACAUGUAGUCUGCUCGAAUGAUUACAUGGACUGGUUUAACAGAAUUUCUCAUCCAUACAUCAUUCGUAGUGAACCCGUCAAUGAAGCUGAUGCAGAACCUACUGAUCAUGCAGAUGAUGAUGCCACUCAUGCAGCUGAUGGCGACGAUCCCGCAGAUGACACAAUUGAGAUAAUGCGUCGAGCAAUACAAAUUGCUGAAGAGCUUAUUGGUCGGCAACUGAUAUUACCUGAUGGCAUGCCACUCGUUAAUGAGUUAAUUUUGAUACUGCGAAGUCAGAGGAGUGGUGGUAGAGAUUGGACGAACAUAGUAGGAUAUCGUAGAAGAAAUAGACAGACUUAG